AUGUCUGUUCCUAUUAGAACCCUUGGCCGCAAUGGACCUCAGGUGUCCUCCGUCGGACUAGGCCUCAUGAGUAUCGGUGGAAUCUACGGCGCAGCUCCCAGUGACGAGGACCGACUGGCCCUCUUGGACCGUGCCCAUGCCAUUGGACAAAGGUUUUGGGACACCGCCGAUAUCUACGCAGACAGCGAAGACAUAAUUGGGACAUGGAGAGCCAAGAACCCUGAGAAAGCAAAGGACAUCUUCCUGGCGUCGAAAUUUGCCAUCCAGAGACAGGGCGGGUUUCGCCAGGUGCUUGACACCAGCCCCGAGUAUGCAAGGACCGCACUGGAGAAGAGCUUGAAGCGUCUGCAGACCGACUCGAUUGAUCUGUACUAUGUUCACCGGGUCGACGGAAAAACGCCAAUUGAGAGGACCAUCGAGGCAAUGGUACAAUUCAAGAAAGAAGGCAAGAUCCGGUAUCUGGGUCUCAGCGAGGUAUCGGCCGACACUCUUCGCCGAGCCCAUGCCGUUCACCCCAUUUCUGCGGUGCAGAUCGAGUACAGCCCGUUUGCCCUUGAUAUCGAGGACCCGCGGAUUGGCCUGCUCGAGGCAUGCCGUGAACUGGGUGUCGCCGUCGUUGCCUACAGUCCCGUCGGCCGUGGGCUCUUGACAGGCAGAUAUGCAACUCGAGAGUCGCUUACCAAGGAUGCAUUCCUAAACAUUCUGCCCCGUUAUUCGGAGGAGAACUUCCCUGCGAUCCAGAAAUUGCUCGAGGUGAUCAAGAGAGUCGCCCAGCAAAAGGGCAUUACUCCUACCCAGACUACCCUGGCCUGGCUGCUGGCUCGUGAACCUUCUGUUAUUCCGAUUCCUGGAACACGGUCUAUCAAGUACCUGGAAGAGAAUACAGCCAGUGCCGAUAUUCACCUUACGGAUGAAGAGAACAAACUCAUCACCGAUGCCGCCAACGCCACAAAGCUCGUGGGUGAUAGAUAUCCUAGCGCGUUGAUGCCUGAUAACUAUGAGUUUGGGGACACACCAGCAUUGGACUGA